AUGCCAAAAAAGAAAAACUUUAGAUUAAACAGUUCUCUACUUUUCUUCCUGCUGAUGUUUUGGACUCACUGUGACUCACAGGUAAAACUUUCACACAGAAACACAAUCAGAUGGUUUAGCUUCAGUGAAGUUUGGGGAAUUAAAUCCUCACAUGUUUUGUUUUGUUGUAUUUGUAGGUGGACAUAGACGAAACCAUCAACCCUCCAGGUAAGAGUGAACAUUGGCUUUCUCUUCCAGUCUUGAAGGGAUUUUUCCAUCAAAUAACAUUUAAGAGUAAAAUAACAUAAAAAAAAAAAAUAAUAAUAAUAAGUUGCACUGAUUUGAAGGAGGAACAUUUCCUGUGGUCUUAUGAAUCAAAUUCUGACAUUCUUAUUGAAAAUCAUCGACUCGCCUAAUGAAUGCCUAAUGAAGAUCUGGCUCUGGGAACAUCUUGAUGAUCAUUUUGGAGCUCUUUACUUUUCUAGCUCUCCUUGAUUUUUUCUGAUCAUUGUUGCACAACAAAACUGUUUUUUACCCAUCAAAACCAUGGUAUUUAUUUUGGCAACCCUGGACAGGAGGUAGUCUGGAAGUCACCAAACUGAAAUUUCAAACCCCUGAUCCCUGCCGCAUCAAAGAAAGGGUUUAUUUAAACAUCUUUAGGUGCAAAUAGGGGGGAGGGUCUGGAGGACUUCCUCUGGGAAAUUCAGAGCAUCUCACACGAAAUUUCUCACAUUCUGGUGAAUAUUUAUGAAACAAUUGGUGGUAGGGUUUAUGAAAUGCAGUUAUUCUUGCACAAUAUUAAAGAUGAAUCUAAAUCCAUCUUUCACACUUUAAUUUAUGAGACACUUUCUGAGAUUUGAUCAAACCUUGUAUGUCAACUUAAAGCUCCUGUGAGGAGUUAGUAAAACUGACUAAAAUGAACUGAUGCACUUCUAUGAUGUACAAAAGUACACACUUUUAAGUCUUGAGUGAACUACUCAUGAUCAAUAAACCUUACAGAGGUCAUUCUUGCAUCAGAAAACAGUUUAUGAUCUGUGUUUACAUGUAUAUUUCUUUUAUUCUUAUAGUUUAAUGUAUUUAAAAAGUUAUUAAACCUCAAACACACCUUGACACAGAGUCAAAAAUGAGAUUUUUAAGACCAUGACAGCUCCACAAUGAUGUUACGUGCUGCUCCUCAAGUCUUUGUUACCCCUCAGAUGGCUCAGGAGGAGACGGUGGUGGCGCGUUCUUUGCCCUACGGAGCUGCCACCAGCUGCUUCAUGGUGACAGUGGCGAGUUCUUCUCCCCAGACUACCUCUGCUCCAACCCCCCUCUGUGGUGCAACUGGACCAUCAAGGUGGAUCCAGGAAAGAGGAUCCAUCUCAACAUGGAGGACCUGACCCCUGAUGACACCUGCCACCUCAAACAGGACCAGCUCCAUGUGGAUGAGCCUGCUGGACUCUUUUCAGGUCACAAAGUCCUGCAGAAGUGCUGGAGGGAGGCCAAGUUUACAUCCUCCUCUAACACCCUUUACGUGGUGCUGCUGAUUGGGGGUCAACCCAACCCACCAUACAGGGGCUUCCACGGACGCUACCUGGCAUUUGGACCACCAGUGGUUUAUAACCCGCUGGAGGGGCCCUCACAGAGACACAGGAUAUCAGAACCGUCUCUUGGGGUUGAUUUAUUUGAUAUGAAAAGUGAACAAGAAGAGUCAGAUUCACAGGUCUAUCCAGAAAGUCUUGAUCCAGAUCUGAUGUCCGAUUAUUAUGAUCAACAUGCAGCUAUGACUUCUGAGCUGCCCUGGGAGGAGGAGGACUCAGACUCAGAGGUUGGAAACACACUAUGACAUAUUGCUAAUUGUUGCACUAAUUGAGAAUUUAACAUCAGAUGGAGGACUAAUAUAUGUAAAGUUCGAGCUCAAAGAACAUUUGCAAACAGCAGCAGCUUGUUCCUACAUACUUGUUGAAAGCUUGUGUAGGUGCACAGCAAUAAAUGACAGUGUCAUCAGUGUAAAGGGAAAAAGAAACAGACGAUACGUGAAGAUACUAAAUGAUAAUGAAGAACCAGGUCAAGGAAUUUUGUCAGUUUUUUCAGUUUUUUUCUCCUUUGAGACUUUACCUGCAGUUUAGUUCAUUUUUGUCCUUCACUCUGAAUUUGUCAUAUUAUUCUUUUGAAAUUCUUUCGUCAUCUUUGUUAUUUUGUCGUCUUAGGUGAGUGAAAACCAACGUCCAGCCUUGGUGAACUUCAACCAUAUUCACCCGUUCACAGUCCAGCCCACAGCCCCCACAUCCACACAUGAGACCUCCAGAUCAGAGCGAGACGCUGAGCAGACCCCUUCAGUCCCGUCUGACAUGCCUUGGUCUCCACAGCAGGAGACCACCACCCCAACACCAGCAGCAGUAUGGAGGAAUAUGGAGGAGGACUUGAAACCUCCAGUGGAAGCAGUUGUCUCAGAGGAAGAUGAGGAAAAGAAUGAGGAGACUGAGGCCUCAGACCAGACUCUUCCCCCCUCUGAAGGACCAGAACCAGAGGAGCCCACUCACCCUCACCCUAACAUGGUGGAGCUGCUGACAGACUACAGAGGAGACUGUGAGUUUAUCUUUGUUUGAUGUGCAUAUCUUAUUUCUGUAUCAAACCAGGGAAAUCCGGGUUAAUGUUAAAAAAAAACCUUUCUAAUGUUUUUCUCUGGUAGAUAACGUCAGAAAUCGCUCUGAAAGUCCACAUCUGCCUGGUGGUGAGUACAGCAAAAAAAUCUCUGGAUAAGGACUGUAGUACCACAAAUAUGUCCUGUACUUUCUUUGUACCUCACCUGAACUGUGUUUAAAAAAGGACUCUGCAUAGACUCUCAGAAGAACAAUUUUUUGCAAGUGGCAAAAUAAGAUGGCUCAUUUACUUAUUAUAUGUCAGUGUCUUAAAAUUACUCACAGAAAUAUAAAGUCUGCACGACACUUUCCUGAUAGUUGUGAAAAUUGAUAAUGAAGACAGAGCAGGUAAAUGCAAAUAAAUCUAUGUGCACACUAACAUGGCCACCUUUGUUAUCGCAGAUCUAUUAUUGUGCCACCCCAGUCAAAAAAGUCUGGACAGAGGGAACAGAAGGAUCUGUCAGGCUGUCAAGUUUGUGCAAUAAAAGCUACAAGAAAACAGGUGUUGAUUUUUUCUGUUGGCUCUUUGUCUCUCAGAUCACCUGUUUGAGGUGGGCAUUGAGGCGACUUUCCAGCAUGAGUCAGAGGAGUCCUGGGACCAGGUCUCCAAGUCCCUGAAGCAGCCUGUGAAGACUCUGGUAGGUGGUCGAAAACAAAUAGAAGCUGGUAAAGGUACUGUUUGAUGCUCUGAACCUGUGGGUGGAUUGGUUUUCCUCUUUUUUGUCUGUUUUUCAGUCACUGCUCACAAAUAUGUUUCCUUAGUCAGGGCCCUGUCCCUCAGGUGUCUGUCCUGGGCCCUCUGUUGUUCUCUUUAUGCCUGCUCUGGUAUCCUAUAAGGACAUUCAAAGGUGUCUCUUAUCAUUUAUAUACCAAUAACAUUCAGCUGUACAUGUCUUGUAAACCUAUAAAUGUCUCUAAACUGUUCAUCUAAAAUGACUGUGUGAGCUGUAUUAACAUGUGGAUGGCUGAUCAUUUUCUCCAGACAUACCUUGUAUGAGCAGUAUUUGUCUGCAUGUGUGUAGGGCUGGGCGAUAAAACAGUAACCAUAUAUAUCAAAAAUUAAUUUCCCUCAAUAUCAAUUUAAAACAUGGUCAGUAUCCUUUUUGAUAGUCAGCAUUAUGCCAUGUUUUGGUAGACUUAACGAAGAGCCAAUGAAAAGAGGAGUUUCUCAGGGUCCGCUUUGCGCUGAACCAAUCGUGCUGAAUUAGAACCAAGUAUCAAACAACUGUGUAGUAGCAGGCAGCAGCUACACGCAGCCAUAGCACUUUAAUACAUGAAGCCGACAGCACUGUCGGUGAAGAAAAAAAGAAAAUGGGUGUUACCCCCCGGCAGAAAUGCAGAUGAAGGCUCAACAGGUGAUGACAUCAUCAUCAACAACACUGGCAUGAAGACGUCGCUGGUGUGGAGGUAUUUUGGUUUUUUGAGGUCAGACAUGAAGCAGAGUAAAGUGCACUGUAAAUUAUGUCAAGUACGUGUUCCCACAAAGUCAGGGAAUACCUCAAAUCUUUUUCAUCUUUUUCUGUAGUGUAAUGGUUGUUUUAUCGAGGCUGUGGUUAUCAAACAUUGCACCGAGAAUUGAGGAUUUUUGCAUGGCAAAGCAGGCUCAGGUCUCACAUAAACAUCACCUACUAGUGCCGGGAGGGGGGGUUCAUGCUUUGUUUUGCUUUUAUUAUUUUAUCAUGUUAUCGUGAAGCACUUUGACGCCUGGUCUUGAAGGCUGCUGUAUAAAGAAGUUUAUUAUUAUCAUUUAAAUGUCGACUUAUUCAGUUAAAUAUCAGAGAAGGACUCGAGGCUGAGGAGAGCUGAGGAGCUGACGCUGUUUUCCGUCUCUUGCAGAUUAAUCAGAAACUGGAGUCUCUGCACAGGUCGCUGUUAGUGUUUACCAAAAGAAUAAAAAGGUUAGUUGGCGAUAUUCCUCACUUACACAUAAACUUUCAAACAAGAUGUAACAAACUUGAAGAAUUUCUACGAAAUUAGCCCUUUUUUCCCCAAAAAUUUAUCCAAAUAUACCUCAAAGUCUGUGUAAAUUUCAGGGUUUAAAUUGAUCCCAACUUUCUGUUGUGUGCAGGUUAAGAGCGGGGGCACUGUUCAUCUUCUGGCUGCAGGUCAGAAAAGGACCUCCACAUAUCCACGAGACCGUCCACUUUAGCCUGCCUGGACUUGAAAGCACACCUAUCGUCAAUAUGAGAGGGAAACCAGACAGAGGAGUCAUUGUGUCCGUGUCCAUAGCAGGUUCAGCCAUCUUUACUCUUACCUUUAAAAGCACAGUUUGAAGGAAAAGACUGUCUGACUACAAGCGCUGAAGCUUUGACUAUCUUUAAAAACACUAAGUACACUUUAACAGGCUUUAAAAAGUCUUAAAUUCAUGUUUCAUGUGACCCCAUUUGCUUUGGUACUCAUGCCAGCUUCCAAAAACUGUUGAACUUUAUGAUAGAUUAUAUAAAAACGGUUGUUUAUGAACACAGUGGCUCUCUGUCUGUGUUUUAGAUGUGAACGAGUGUGGCACCCAGAUGAUGAUGUGUGACAUUAAUGCAGACUGUGUUAACCAGUUUGGUUCGUACUUGUGCCGCUGUAAGCCUGGCUUCAGAGAUACAUCUCGCAUCGGAGAAGGAGGGACUGUGUGUGCUGAUACCAAAGCUGCAGGUAUGGAUGCUUAAAUGUGGAGUUUAGGUUUAUAUUUAGCCCUGUUUUUUAAAAAAAUAUUUAGAGCUUAAGAGGGUUUGAAGUUCUGUAAAGACCAAUCCUGAAACUGCUUUAGAAUAUUUGAACACAGAUGUGUAAAAAUGUGCUAUAAGCAGAGUUGUAAUUCAUGCAGGUACAGAGAUUAAUCGAUUGUUAAUAUUUCAACAUCCCUGAACUCACAAAAUGAAAGCUGCAGUAGACCAGCAACUCCCUUGUUCUGUGAGGUAAAAUGACUGUUUUAUCAAGUGAGUUUGGUGUAACAGCUGAGAUUGUAAAAAGAGGGCUGAUGUUUACAAAGUCUGGGAUUACUUGUUCACUUCCUGCCCCCCUGUGCCUCCUCUUCCUCCUGCAGGCUGCAGCUCAGGCGUCUCUGCAGAGACCAAAGGUGUCUACGUGCUCUUCUUCCUGCUCAGCUGCCUCAUCUUCAUGCUGCUGGCGGUGGCUGGCAUGCUCUACCACCGUCACCACCGGGGGGCGUUCCUGGUCCGCUGCCGUAGCAACAUCUCACUCCACGACCCCAACAACAACCGUCGUGAAGGUGACCCCAACCUGACGCCUCCACCUCCUCCCCCGCCAGCUCGGAGCUUUAGGGAGGGCUGGCCUCAGGUGAAGGAGCACCUCCCCCCCGUCGACCUGCCGCUGCUGCGCUUCAGCCCACUGCUGCCACAGGAGGGCGGAUAG